AUGGUGAAGAUUUAAGUUAAAUGCAAACAUCAUUUGUUCGCGAUAUUUUAUUUAGACGGUGCAUUUUGUCAAACUUUGUAAAAGAUUUUGACGACAAAUCUCAAUUAAAUUGCGUGUGUAUUCAACUAUGUACGCUGCCUAAGUAACAUCUAACACAUUUAAGCGAUCAUCCUAAGAAAAUCGUAAGAAAGGGUCGUAGGAAGGUUGUGCAGAUCAUUCGCGUAAUUCCCGGAGAGUGUAUGAAUCGAAGAAAAUCGAAAAAGACAACAAGCAGUCGCAGCAGACGACGGUACGAUCCUGGAGAGGCGACGACGCGCGCGCGUGCUCGCCGCACGCACGCCCGAGCUCGCAGCUGUCACACGUUCCACGCUUCCUCUUCUUCUGUCAAGUGCGAUCCGCCCCGGCGGUGGUCAGCGCGUUCUCCAGUCGCUCUCGGGCCAUGUCGUGUCUCGCCAGGAGGAUCUGAGAGCUCCAGAGUUGUGGUCGCCGGUCGGUAGCCGCCGGCGAUCGCGAACGGUGCGUCAUACUUCUCUCCCUCUUUCUGGCAAGACGCGUGAAAUCAUGAGCCACGCCGUCUUCGCCGUUCUUCGCCGUGUAGCUACCGCCGCUGACACGGGUGUGUCCGCUGAAUCGGUCGCGCUACGACACGGUGCGAUCAAGUGUGUCAGUCGCCUCGCCGAACGGCAAGUGUGUCGACGUGCUGGUGCUUCCUUUUGUUAAGACGACCAUACACGCGCGCGCACACACACACGCACGCCGAUGUGUACAAUCAGUCGACCACGAUGAUUACGACGCCGGUCAGACUCCUACGGGAUAGGAACGUCGCCUACCACGGCAAGGACGACGUGCCGGUGGUCACGCAACCCACUACCAGAGGUGGACUCAGGGUGUACAAGAUCGUAGUGCUGGGUGAUGGUGGUGUUGGCAAAUCAGCCGUUACUCUGCAAUUCGUCAAUCACCGCUUCCUGGAUUAUCAUGAUCCUACCAUAGAGGAUUCCUAUCAAAAACAAGCAGUUAUUGAUGGUGAACCAGCUUUACUAGAUAUCUUAGACACAGCUGGACAGGUGGAGUUUACAGCGAUGCGCGAACAAUACAUGAGGUGCGGCGAGGGUUUCAUGAUAUGCUACUCGGUGACAGACCUGCACAGCUUCCAAGAGAUAAUGGAGUACAAGAAGCUGAUAUCGCGUGUGCGCGCUAACGAGGAGAUUCCUGUAGUACUAGUCGGCAAUAAAUUUGAUCUACAGCAACGGCGAAAGGUGAGCACAGAGGAGGGCAAGGCGCUGGCGAAGGAGCUCGGCUGUCCGUUCUACGAGACGUCGGCCGCGCUCAGGCAAUUCGUAGACGACGCGUUUUACUCGCUAGUGAGGCAGAUUCGCGCCAAGGAGAGACGCGGCGUGACGAUACGCAAGACCAGCCGCUGGGGACGAUUACGCUCGAUAUUUAAUCUCAUCUUUCGGCGGCGUACCUUUCACACGUCCUAGGAAAGGUCCGGAAGCACAGAGUGACCUUCCCUGAUAAAGAGAGAGAGACAGAGAACGACCUUCGCAUAGACGAUGAUCCGCGCAGAUCACAACGAAAAAGUAGAGUUCACCAGACUUCCUGAUGCACUCGACUCGGCGUUCGCGACGUAGUCAUCCUCGUUUAGAGACUGACGAUUCGUUAACUAAACAUCUCACUGCCUUAUCAAUUUGACCCCGAUAUUAUUAUACACGGCAACGCGAAUGAAAUUGUCGAAGCGGGCUGGAACAUUCGCGCGUAUCUCGUCUUUCGUCCGGAAUUUAACCCGCAAUUUCUCGAUCGGUCGACCGUGCUGCUCAAUGUAGAGACGUGCACGUGGUACACGAUAGAGUCGUAAGGCGAUAUUCGAGACGAUGAUGCAAGCGAUAUAAGUACACCACGUGUCACACAUACCUUAACAUUGCGACUAAGAUUACUCGCGCUAUUUUCAACCUUAUACUUCGCAUAUUGCAUAUGCGCGUAAGGCGACAAUUCGUAGUAAAUCCAAACGGCCGGAAUGUUAAGGUGUGUCUGAAGAGGAGCCUCGUGUGCACACUUGUGACUUCCAGUUUUGUAACACGACAGUUUUUUCCCGCGAGAUACCGAUCGCAUCUCGAAGGCUGUUAACGUUCAUUCAUGAAGCUAACUUUCACGAAGACCGGGUGGCGAUAAACGGGACUAAAUGCCUAAAACGGACUCGCAUUCAAUUGACACGCAGAUAAGUUUGUAGAUACUCCGACUUUCACCGGCAGAUCACUUCUCCGACAGCCGUGCGCUAGUUGUAGAUAGGUUUAGAUUUUAGUUCGCUAUAAGUAGCUAAUUACGCGACCAAAGAGAAGUGCCGCGAACGAUCGCGACGAAGCAGGAGAAGCGAUUUUCGGCGAUAUAUGUAAAACAGCACAGGAUAUCAUGCGAAAGAGAAAGAGAGAGAGAGGGGGGAGAGAGAGAGAGAGAGAGAGAGAGAAGAGCUGCACACUGCACAAAUUUCGUCGCGAUUUUAUUUUAUCGUCGAGGACACGCAAUGUGAAUUUUAUUUAUUCUAAUUUAAUUGAACGACACGCAAUGUAAAUACGCGAGAGAUAUUCAUAUAUUACAUCAGUGAUUUUAUGUUGAAUUUGAAAUGCGCUGCUACGAACUAUAUGAGAACUGUAUAGUUAUAUAGAAGUUACAAUAAGUUGCAAAGUUUAGCAUUGUUGUGUAUGACGCGCGUAUAAUAUGAUCUCUGAGAUAAUUGCAAAGAGAUAUAUUUCUCAACUGGAACACGUAAACGCGUUUGCCAUAGAUAUGUGUAAUAAUUAAACAAUAAAUACACACACACACAGAGUGUGUGUGUGUGUGUGUGUGUCUAUAUAUAUA